GGAGGUGCGGUUUAUGGGGAUGAGUAAGAGUGCGGAUGAGGCGGCGGCGGUGCGGGCGGAUGCGGCGAUGGUGAGGGAAGGGGGAAUAGGGUAUUUUGAGGUGACGGUUUUGUCGAAGGGGAAGGAGGGGUAUGUGCUAUUUCCCUUCUAUUCUUUCCUUCUAUCUUCUUUCCCUUGUCCGUUGGGGUUUCUUGUAUUCCCCUAGACGUGUGUUUUAUUUGGGGAUAGCGUUGCUGACGCCUCUCUCUUACAGCACCAUCGCGAUCGGUUUCUCAGGCCCCAGGGUCACGCUGAAUCGACUCCCCGGCUGGGAAAGCGAAUCAUGGGCGUACCAUGGCGACGACGGGCACGCGUUCUGCUGCACCCACUCCGGCAAAGAAUACGGCCCGAAAUACUCUACCCUCGACGUGAUCGGCUGCGGCGUGAAUUUCCGGACCGGCUGCGCUUUUUAUACGAAGAAUGGGGUGUAUCUUGGCACGGCGUUCAAGGAUAUUAGACAUGAGCGGUUAUACCCUUCGGUUGGCAUGAAAAAGCCCGGUGAGCAUUUGCGGGUGAAUUUUGGGCAGACUCCUUUCGUGUUCGAUAUCGAUUCCAUGGUCGAGAAAGAGCGACGCCACAUCCAAGAGGAGAUCAACAAAACGAGCGUGGAGCGGUUAAAUCCCCCGUUGGGCGAAGAUGCUUUGAUUCAUCAGUUGGUGGCGCAAUAUCUUGCACACGACGGAUACGUGGAGACGGCGAAAGCGUUUGCUGCGGAGGUACGCACGGAAUCACAAGCGCUCGCAGAAGGGAGUGCGAUUUCAACGAAAAACUUGGAGCCGGAGGAGGACGUGGAUGCGAUCAACCGGCAAAAAAUCCGCAUCGCCAUCCUCCAAGGCGACAUCGACCGCGCCCUCAAACUCACCAACACCUAUUUCCCCACCGUCCUCCGCGACAACGAAAACAUCUACUUCAAGCUCAAAUGCCGCAAAUUCAUCGAGAUGAUCCGCCGCUGCGCCGACCUGCACGACUCCCCCAUCGCCUCCAAACGCGCUGUCCCCCGCGCGGUCCCCGCCGCCUCCAACGGCCACACCCCAUCCGACCCCUACGAAGAUGUCUUCGAUCACCAAAUGGAACUUGACGAACAACUCGGCGCCUCCCCCAACGGCUCGCGCGCGGCGUCUGGGCGCCGCCGUAACGGUCCGGGCCCCGACCUGUAUCCCGACGCCAUGGACGUAUCCGCGGAGACCUCCACGGCCAUCCCCCGCGAAGUCAGCCAUAAUCAGAUGCUCUCCGAGACGAUCGGGUACGGGCAGCAGUUGAUGGCAGAGUUUCAAGGGGAUGUACGGAGGGAGGUCAGAAGGGCGCUAGACGAUACAUUUGCGUUGAUUGCGUAUCCGGAUCCGAGGGAGAGUCCGGUGGCGGAGUUGAUGGCAGAAGGGGGGAGGGGCCCGGUGGCGGAGGAGUUGAAUGGGGCGGUUUUGGGUAUGUUUUCUUCUCUUUCUCCCUUGUUAUUGUUGCGAUUGCGAUUGUUGCUACUAUUGUUCUCGUUGUUAUUGUGAUUGCCGCUGCUAUUGUUCUUCCUGCCUGGCAUGUAGACAUGGCUAACGUUUCCCGAAUCGCAGUCUCCCUCGGCAAAUCUUCCGCCGCGGCGCUGGAUCGGCUGUC